AUGCUAGCUGGAGACCGAGUUAUGAAUGCAUCAUGCAUCCGGACUCAGCCAAGUCAACAAUACCAGGUCCUCUUCGAAAGCACAUCAAAUGACGUUGAUGUCGAGACAAUCCUGAGUGGAGACAUGAUCACGUCUGAUGACAAGGGUUUAUCAUUCGUUGUAUACAGUUCCGUCAACACUCCUUUUGAACAAUAUGGGCAAACCGGCCGUUGGGAUAUUUAUCUUCCCGCUGCUAUGACUGCGGCGAUGGCGCAGCAGCAGCAGAAAACGACUGGUUCUGUUGGCUGCGCAUUUGACGAAUUUGCCAGCGAGCCGCUUGUUAAAGGAUCAAUUGAGCCGUACAGAGCCAUCGACAACCCCUGUUCCUCGGACUUGUUGGAGCAAAUCGAGCUAUGA